AUAGUUUUUUCUUUAUAUUGACAAUAAUUAAUUCAAUUGAGUUAAUGUGUAAUGCAAUUGAAAUUUGAAAUAUAAUAUCGUAUGACAGCAACAGCAGCACUAACUCAUAUAACCAUUUACUGGGACCGGGAGUCGUGUCCUCCCCCCAAUACAAGCCAUCCCACCGACAGUGUUAGUGUUAUACGAGAGUUAUUGAUCAAAGUUUGUGUAACUGAGCGCCGACUUCGGCUCAAACAUUUGGUCAGCUGGUCAUUGCCGGACAGAUCUGGUGUUGACAUCUAUAACAACGACAACAAACACAAUUGGGAUCAACUGUUGGUGAGCGACAACUACGACAAAUACGUCUUCUUUAACUCUUAUUUAACUAAAGCGCUAAGCGAUAGGAAAACAGAAUUAGUGGUCAUUACCGGCGAUCAAACAUUAUUGCAAAUUAUUAAAGCAUUAGAAUUAGACAUUUCGGGUCAGUUGUCCAUAAUUUAUGACGAUUUGUUAGACAUCCGUGAAUUAGGCUUUUCUUGUGGUAUAAAACGGCUAUCAUUUGAGAAUUUAGUUUAUUUUUGCACUGAAUAUGAAAAGUACUGUUUGUCGGCUAUUACUGGUCUCAACGAUUUCAUGGCUAAUCUAAACAUUAAUGAAAAUAAUUUGACUAAUACAUCACAAAUACAAAUUAAUAUGACCGAGACUAAUUCAAGUGAAAAAAAUAGAAACACUUUCAAUAAUUGGUGGAAUCGUAUCAAAUGGCUAGUUUGCAUUAUAGCUCAUUGGUUUUAUUCAUGUGUUUGUUGGAAUAGUAAUAAAAAAAGUUUAAGAGACUAUAGUCAACAACAACAACACCAAGAACUUCAACCCACACCUGAACCCGAAUCCCGAUCUCAAUCAUACACUAAACAAGAUAUGAGUAAUACCCGAAAACGAGUGAUUAAUAAAUCAAACGAGAAACAGGAUGCAAUUGAUGGACAGUUGUCGGGCAAUUUAAUGCCACAAUGUUGUCCAUCAACAUCAGCAGCAGCUGCAGUCGCUUCCAGUGAUGAUAAAGAGUUUUCCGAUGACUCGAGUAGUGAUGAUGACGAUGACGACGACGACUACCGAAACCCUAAGAAAGUUUGUGUCGAACGGAAAUCUGUUGCAACACUGCGACCCAGUGGCCAGUCUUUACGUCCAAUUAGUCCAACACCUGGAUCUAGUGGUCAAUCUUCACGUUCAAGCGGUUGUUUGUCUUCAGAUUCAAAUGCACCGAAACGUCAAUUGUAUAGUGAAAUAUUUAAUGAUGCCAUCAAUCCUAAGAAAAUAUCCAAUAAUAGUGGUAAUGUCGAGAUAACAGAUAAAUCUGAUAUGAAGAAUACAAAGACAACAACAAAUACUGAACAAACAAAUGACAAAAAACCACAACAAAAGAAAAAGAAAAAUAAUAAGAAGAAGAACAAGAAGAAGAACAAUAAUAACAACAGAAUUGAUAAAUCUUUAGUUAGUAUUGAUAAAAGUAGUGACAAUACAAGUGUUUAUAAUCAGUAUUUAAAAAGUAAGAAAACCUAUGAGUCCGGUAUCUGUGGUUUGGGAAACUUAGGCAACACUUGUUAUAUGAACAGUGCUCUCCAGUGUCUGUCAAACAUACCAUCGAUGGUCGAGUUUUGCAGAAAUUUCAAGAAUUGCGAAAUAAUAUCGACACCAAAGUCACUGUUGAAACUGUUCAGUGAGCUAAUUGAGCGCAUGUGGUCUCAACAAACUGAUUGUUUUUCGCCCAACGAGUUUCGCGCUAAAGUGGCCAAAGUUUUACCGACAUUUGCCGGCUGCGGACAACAAGACUGUUCCGAGUUUUUGAGAUCACUGUUAGACACAUUUCAUGAAGAAUUAUUACGGAUGUCAGGCAUUGAUAACAACAGUAGUACUGAUUAUAAAACAUUUGAUGAAUAUCUUCAUAAUAAUCAGACAUUCAUAUCAGACAACUUUCACGGACUUCAAUUGUUGACAUUUAGCUGCAGCCGAUGCGGUCACCGAUUGAAUGAAGUCUACAAUCCGUUUGUUGUCAUGAAUUUGCCGCAACUGAACGAUCAGGACUUGACAUUUCUUGAUGUGUCUCUCGUUAUCAAUAGCACUGGUAGUGAUACUUUCAGAUGUGAUACUUACGUAUUGCGAUUACCGGUACCCAGAAAUAAAAUACUGGUUAGUCAACUGAUUAAAACGCUAACAAAAAGUUAUUCAGACACGACAUCGCUAGUCUUGAAUGUCAAUAAUCUUAUUGUUGUUAAUAUCAUCGAUCAUAUUGUCGACAAAAUAUAUGACACAAAUGAUAUUAUAAAUGUCAAUUGUCUUAGUGGUGAUCUUUUUGUUUAUCAAUUUGAUCCCUCAUUUGUCAAUCAUUUGUUUGUCUCACUUCAAAGCGAUAGUCAACUAUUUGGUAUACCAUUGUUGUUAGAUAUAAAUGAGUAUACCGGUGAAUGCGUUGUCAAUGCAUUUAUUGUCCAAUUCAUGAAAUGUUUGGCACCGGAAGGUCAAAGGCUAUUAGGGAUGUGCCCGAAACAUAAAUUUAAGUUUAUGAAUAUACGCGCCGGUAGUUUUGAUCCCAACCGUACAAUUGGCAAUAAUAUAAUAAUCAAUAAGUUAAGUGAACUCAUAUGUCAAUACUAUAAUAUUAUUGACGAAACAUAUCACGGAUUAGAUGAGAUAAACUUUGAUAAAAAUAUCAAACUUGAAGAUUGUAUCAAUAGUUAUCUAGCAGUUCAACGUAUGGAUGAUCAACAAAACUGUCCCAAUUGUAACAUUGAUGUCAACCCCACCGAACAAAACCAAGUACUCCAUGCGCCUAAUGUACUACUAUUGCAGGUCAGGACCAGUAUUAGUCAACAAAGAGGCAGUUAUUAUAGAUAUAAUAGUCAACCGGACUGUCAGUUUCCUAUGGAAUUGGAUUUUACUAGUCAUGUUGUCGGAUAUAACAAAGCUAACGGUCCUCAACAUGUCUAUGAUUUGUUGGCCAUUUCAAACUAUACGGGCAGUUCAUAUAGUGGACACUAUACGGCUUACGCUAAAAAUCAUAUCAACAAAAAGUGGUAUGAAUUCAAUGAUAAUUAUGUAAAUCAAAUCUCUAAUGAACGACAACUUCAGUCUAAGGCUUAUAUAUUGGUUUAUUUCAAAAGAAAUAUCAAUACUAUUAUUCAAUAA